AUGACGACUAGGAACAGGCAAAUAAAAAAUUUCACUUCGAAUUUCGGACCUCAACAUCCUGCUGCUCAUGGUGUUUCACGAUCAGUAUUGGAAAUGAACGGAGAAGUGGUAGAACGUGCGGAACCACAUAUUGGAUUACUCCAGUGCGGCACGAAGCCGCUGAUGCCGAGUCGGCUUCUAUGCCGCUAGCUAUGCCCUGCUUGGUCCCUCGAUACGAUAGAGGUUCCAUAACGCAUCAUGAGCACCGGACUAAGGGGCGGUUGAGCAACUCAAGGGAACCGCCCUACCUUAUUACAACAUAGGGACAGAAGGGAGAGGGUUGUGAAGGUGGCCUCGUUAUCCACACCGGAGGUCGGAUGAAUGGAGGACCGACCGACCUGGGUUUUCACGAGCGUUGGCGGGUUCUGGAGUGCCUGUCAAGGGCGCUAGCGCAUACCCCGGGGUGAUAAUCACCACCUGCACCUUACAUCUCGGCACAGUGGAACGUGUAACCCGCCUGCUCUUCCAUUCAACUACAUUUGUUCCUGUAAUCCAUAGCCUAACAGAACGCAGCAGCGAGGGACAACCCGCCCAUACAGCCAGCGGGGAGGAUGGCACUACUGGCAAAGACCGUCUGGCGAAAACGCCGCAGGCGCGAAGCGCGGUAGGCCUGCGCCGGGGGAGCAUAGCACAUAGGGAGGAAAGGGAGCCCGGACGGUGGAAGAGUCGGGGAAGGCCAGGUCAUUUGACGGAAAUGUAAGGAACGAACGAAGCUAUUAGAUAAGGCCCUCUGGAGUAAAGGGAAGUGCAUGAAUUCUUGGGAGCGAAAAAAAAAGAAAAUUCAAUGAAUAGAUAGAGUCAACGGUACGACAGACAGCGCUGCCUACACGCGAAUCCGCUUCCGAGGUUGAGCAGUCUCAAUUUCACUACAGGAUUUGCGAAUGAAUGCUGGGCCGCCUCGAAUGGCGUGAGCCGCAUGCGGGGAGACCCGCACGUACGGUUUUUAGGGGGAUCUGGUCGAAAGACCGGCCGGCGCCCACCCGACUAGAGGGACUGAGAAAUUAAUAGAGUACAAAACUUAUCUUCAAGCUUUACCUUAUUCUGAUCGUUCAGAGGGCGAUCGCGGGGUCACUGAAUGAAGUCCUCCGUUUCUUUCGGAGGUGCUGACCCGCAGCGAGGCAGAGAUGACUAAGUGACAUAUGGAAUAUGGCGACGACAACAGCAUGUCAUAGAAGGAGAUAACAGGUGGAGCCAACGACCCACUAAGACUAACCUAUCUACAACUACAUCCCCGAGCGGCAGUCAAACGGGGGCGUGAAUGCGAGAUGCCAGCGGAAUGAUCGGCCGGACAAAGGCUAGGGCUGCUUCCUUCCCAGCGCGUCCUUCCUUGUGUAUCGGAGAUAUAAAGCGAGUGCGCCGGAAAAGAACGGGAACUAUGUCCAUCUAUUCUAUGGCGAAGCAUCCGAAGCAUAACUGCACACUCACACGAUCUUUGCCGAGAGAUAGGAGCAUUCGGUGGAACCGGUGAACUACACUUGCUUCUGGAUAGAUGUGUGGGACAGAGGGCUCAUGGUACCUGCUGCCCACCCUUCCUCCGGUGUUUUGAAAACCGUGUGAACGGAGAGUGGGCAGAAGAGAAGGAGGUCCUCAUAUGGAGUCGCACACUUACUUGAGCAAUGCGGGAGACUGGAGAAUAGGUCGAGUAAACCCCCCUAGGGCCGGAAAUAGAGAACCAAGCCCCCCUCUAUUGCAUAACCUAAAAAAGCUAUAAACAAAGUAGUACCCAAGUGGUUGUUGCGGGAACGAUACGCUUUGGUUACCGGCGAAUGAAGCUAUUAGAUAAGGCGACCAGCUUUCAAUACUAGUUGUUACCUUACGGUGCCAUUUUUCCAAUCUUAUUGAAUAGCAUGGCCUGGGGCUAAGAUAACUCAAGUGGGGGAGCCGUGUUAUGGGUAACCUUAUUGCACGGUUCAGAGAGCACUUGUGUAUGUGAUGCAAGUGAACGUGUACGAAAAAGCUGUCGUAAAGUUUCGUUGUUCGUUCCGUCGUUGACCCUAUCUAUGUUUCUAUGAUGGCCCAAGAACACGCUUAUUCUUCAGCCGUAGAGAGACUUUUGAAUUGUGAGGUACCAUUACGAGCUCAAUAUAUACGAGUGUUAUUCCGUGAAAUAACUCGAAUUUCAAACCAUUCACUUGCUUUAACUACUCAUGCUAUGGAUGUGGGAGCAUCAACUCCGUUCCUGUGGGCUUUUGAGGAGCGAGAGAAAUUGUUGGAAUUCUAUGAAAGAGUCUCGGGAGCCAGAAUGCAUGCCAGUUUCAUACGACCAGGUGGAGUGGCACAAGAUCUGCCUCUGGGCUUAUGUCGAGAUAUUGAUUUCUUCACACAACAAUUUGCUUCUCGUAUCGACGAAUUAGAAGAGAUGUUAACCGGCAACCGUAUCUGGAAACAACGAUUAGUGGAUAUUGGUACUGUCACUGCACAGCAAGCAAAGGAUUGGGGAUUCAGUGGUGUAAUGUUAAGAGGUCCAGGUGUAUGUUGGGAUUUGCGAAGAGCAGCACCUUACGAUGUUUAUGACCAAUCGGAUCCUGACGUACCAGUAGGUACCAGAGGAGAUUGCUAUGAUCGUUACUGUAUUCGUAUCGAAGAGAUGCGACAAAGUGUUCGGAUCAUUGUGCAAUGUCUUAAUCAAAUGCCUAGUGGCAUAAUCAAAGCCGAUGAUCGUAAGCUAUGUCCUCCAUCACGAAGUCGAAUGAAACUAUCCAUGGAAUCGUGCGCCGUGUGAAACGUAGAUCAUCGCCGUUCUUAACCGAGACUCAGGUUAAGCUCCGUCUCGGAACCUUGUGGGGGUUAGGAGUAAAGCAUUCCGAGGUUGGCGCAUUUCGUUGAGCGUGGAGAAGCGUUGGGAACCCCAAUUUCUUUCUUCGGAGCCCUUUCUUUUCCCGUCCCCCCGCCCCGGCAUAGCGCUUUUCGCUUCCGGCUCUUCGGAGGAAUCCACUUCCUUCUUCAUUCAUCUGGGGGAAAGGGAGGCGUCUACCAGUUAGGAAGCUAGACAUCAAGUAAGUGGCUUGAUGAGGAUAACUAAGCUGACACGCCGGAGUUGGCUGCUGGCACAGCAGGAUGGUGUCUUACCGCACCGCAGGCGGACGGGCGGUAGCGUUCGUGGCAGUGCUUCAGGAUUCCAAUCUACUGCGUCCAAGAUCAGAACGAGCUUGCCGGCGGACCACUGCCGUCCCAUUCUUGAGUGAGCUGGAGCGCAGCCCUCUUAUCCACUGAACUAGCUAGAAGCUAUCGCUUUGGGUCGAAGCACUAAAAGAAAAGGACCAGGAAACACGGCGGCAUAGGAACCACGGGACCCCUAAUAGUAAAGGGAAAACGGAAGUGCGCACCAGCUGAAAAUGAAAAAGCCUUUUCCCUUUUUAAUAAUAAAGUAAGCUUCAUAGCUCCAACCUAGUAAAGGGGGCUUGAUGCCCUUUGUAUAGGUUGGGUUGCUGGAUACGGGAUCCUCGUAGUAGGCCGGACCAACAUCCAGCCGAGAGAGGACAGUCUUUAGAAAGAACAGGUUGGGAAACCAAGAGAACGCUUCGCGUUUUCUUAUCUGCUUCCCGCCCUAGGAGUAGGAAUAGCGCAACAAAAAAAUAGGGAUUAGUCUUAUUGACCCAAUGAUAAACCACUAACACCUUCCUCGUUCGGGUCCCGCGCACUGGGAAAACGCUCUAGCGACGGGAAACCGUCCAUUAGUUACAAAGCUCCAAUAAGGGAGAGGGCUAUCACAGUCAGGUGCGAAUAAAUUACCCCUAUUACUAUUUAGUAAGCUUGGGCGAAAAAUGGCUUGAUGCGCGCAGAUAAGGAGGAAGCGGAAGCAAGAAAAGGAAUAUUAUCUUUUAUGGCCUUAUACUUAAGAGGCAAAGAGAAGCGCUUUUGCUACUAAGAAAGCGAAUGGUCAGCGCGAAGGUUCAAGACUUAGCCGAGCGUUAGCGAAGCUAGAUUCUCAUAACGAGGCGCUUCGAGUUAUCGAAGCGCUGUAGUAGCGCCGAAGCUCUAUGUGCUGCUAUAAUGCUAAGCCAAGGGCACUCCGCCUUAUCUAUAGAAGCAGUCAACUGAGUUCUGAACGAAUUAGCUCCUUGGUAAUGGCUUAAUCUAUAGAUAGAAAGCCCUAUGAUGGGAAACUACCACGUUAGGUUUGGAGAGAGAUGGGACCGGUUAUAUUAUAGGGGAAGCAGAUGCAAGGCAAGCUUUUUCUUUCAAUAGCCGGUCAAAUGACUACAGGAUCAUCGGUCUACUCUACCUCAAUUCACCAUUUCGAACUUUAUACAGAAGGUUUUUCCGUACCAGCUUCUUCUACCUAUACCGCAGUUGAAGCACCUAAAGGAGAAUUUGGUGUCUUUCUGGUCAGUAAUGGAAGCAAUCGUCCCUACCGUUGUAAAAUAAGAGCACCUGGCUUUGCCCAUUUACAAGGACUCGAUUCUAUGUCCAAACAUCACAUGCCAGCAGAUGUGGUCACCAUCAUAGGUACUCAAGAUAUUGUGUUUGGGGAGGUGGAUAGAUAGG